AUGGCGGUCGACUACCUCGAUCUUUUCAAUACCACCAAUCCCUUUGUCGCUUUUAUCCUAGAGAUGGUUGCCGUUAUUCUCAUUCUGGGAUUUGUUAAACCAUCUUCCAUCAUCCGUCUAGCGGUCCUACCAUUCAUAGUAGGAUGCGCAUACAGCAUUCUCACUAAUGCAAAAAACUACAUGCGGAUACCAUGGGCAGCCAUCUUAUCUGCUCAAGGCAUGUCACUUAUGCUGAAUUAUAUCGAAAUAGGCCUUCUGAGUCAAUGGAACUUUAAGGCACGGGGUCCGAAUUCGCUGCUUGAAAAAAGAAUGACGAACGGCGUAGGGAAAGAGGGCACGACUUGGGAACGGCUCUGCUUUGGCUUCAACAGCACGAUAUCGAACCGAGAUUUAAAUAAGCCUUUCGAGGUCAAAAAUUGUCCGUACUUUUCUGAAAAUGAUCAUGACUAUGUCCCUUCACGGGCGAAAUUCCUCGUCUGGACAGUCUUACGAUUCGCGGCUUGCUAUUUGGUCCUUGAUCUUAUUGAAUCCCAACCUGCUUCUCCAAAUGCGGACGAGGUAUUUGCACUGCGCUCAAUACCAGUUUUCAGACGGCUGGGUGAGAUAUCGAUUGAGGAGGUCUUCAUCCGUACCAUUGUGUCGUUUGUAUUCUGGGUCAUGGUUUACGCCAUUCUGGGUUGUUUGUAUUCAUCUGUUGCGAUUAUUGCUGUGGGAUCCGGGUUGAGUGAGGUGGCGGAAUGGCGGCCUGUUAUGGGAUCGCUAUCAGAAGCGUAUACCAUCAGAGGUUUUUGGGGGAAGUUUUGGCAUCAGCUCACUCGCAAGAUGAAUACUGGUCCCGCUAAUUAUAUCGCUGAUGAUUUUUUGAAUCUACCGAAAGGAUCCUUGAUCUCUCGAUAUAGCAAGAUAUUUUUGGUGUUCUUCAUCUCGGGCGCCAUGCACUCCAUCUAUGAACUUGGUGGCCCAGUGUCCGUCCAUCCAUAUGGACCCUGGAUCUUUUUUUGUACACAGGUGAUUGGUAUACUACUGGAAGAUGGAGUGCAAGCCAUGUAUCGCUCUCUUACUGGCAAAGUCCGCAGUGACAGGUUACCACCUCUAUGGAUUCGAAUCGUUGGCUAUUUUUGGGUCGUGGCGUUUCUGCUGUUUUGGUCAACCCCAGUCUGGGCUUUUCCUGCUGCGCUGUUUCCGAAACCGGAAGGG